CGUACUCAGCCCGAGCCUUGCAUCGUGUCUCGCCAGUCUGAGUCUACGAGGCCUAACUUACGCCCAGCUGUUCUUCUCUCACUAUGAGCACUUCGUCGAGCACGCUGUCCUCAGGAUCCGAAAAGCCGCCGCGCAAACGUUCUCGCAAGGACUCGGAGUGCAGCUCCAGAAGUCAGCCAGACUCGAGAGGCUCUUUCAGCCGAGACAAGCAGUUUUGGUACGACGACGGGAACAUCAUCGUCGUCGCGCAAGACGUCGGCUUCCGUGUCUAUAAGGGCAUGCUCUCGAGACCCUCCGAGGUGUUUCGCGACAUGUUCAGUCUUGCGCAACCUGCUCCGAACCAAUCCCGAGAACAGACUCCGGAAGAUUGUCCCAUCGUCCAUGUCACGGAUACGGCGGACGAGAUGCGUUCGCUGCUAAUGAUUCUGCUGGAAGGGAGGCAGUACAUGCAGCGCCUAGACUUCGAGUUCGAUGACAUGGCCAAUUGCAUACGACUCGCGCACAAGUACAGAAUUGAGGACCUCCUCGAAGACUCGUUGAAAGCGCUCAAACAGUACUGCCCGGACGAUUUCGACGCAUGGGAUACCAGAGCCGAGAGCUCGGAGCCAGAACACGCGAUCGUCGCAGUCAACCUGAUGCGCCUGACGGGCGAGGUGUCCUUGCUACCUGCCGCUAUCUAUGCGUGUUCCCAGUUGGACGCCCGGCAGCUGCUGGACGGCUACAAACGCAAGGACGGCGUGGUGGACGCUCUGAGCCGAGAGGAUCUCGAGUUGUGUAUCGACGGAAAGGCGAAGCUCUGCAUACGCACAGUGCCGUUCAUUCGCAAUCUCUUCAGGUCCAUGGAAAAUGCGGAUUGCGUGGUGUCCGGUAACCUUUGCCAGGAGUCCAUCACCUCUCUACGAUUUACCGGGAGUGCCGCCGCGGUGAGCCGAGGAUAUGAUCUUCUCGACUCGGCGAAGGAGGAUAUAUGGAGGUACGAUCGUACCAAGCGGCCAUUAGCAGAGCUUGUUUCCCCUCUCUGUCCCUCAUGCAUCACAGCGCUGUGCGUGAGAGACAAGAUGCAGCGCAGGGAGUUGGUUAGAACUACCGGAAUUGCUAGGUGUUGGUUGGGACCAGGAGGGACAGGAGGAAAGUGGGGGCACCGAGGGAAAUUGAUGUUAACAUCCGUUGUUCAGUGAAUUGGAUACCUGUUAAUUACCUGUAGCACCUGCUAUAUCCUCCCGUCCAUGGUGUAAUUGUAAAGGCUAGUAUGUCGAAGUCGGAGAUAUGGCGGGCCGCAGACGUUGUAAUGCACAUCUGUUGGUCUUAUAUCUUAGUAGGAAGCCUAUCAAUUCUCUCUUGACGGGGAGAGGAUAGUCUUAAUGUGUUGCUGUUGCGGG